CUCGCGACGCGGCAGCGCGUGCAGGAGGGCGCGCGAGUGACUGGAGAGGCAACAUGUCCGCCACAGCCGCCGCGCAGCAGAACAACAACGAGGAGCCCGGGCUGAACGGCUCCUGGGUGGAGUUGGAGUUGAAUGGGAACACAGGGCCUGUGUCCCAGCAGCUGACCCCCAGCCUGGCCUCCUCUGCAAGCAAUGGAAAUGAAGGCGAGUCUUCAGCUCCCCUGCAGGCUGUGCAGGAAGUGGAGGAGGAGAGCCUGGCUGGAGGCCUUGAGCAUGUCCCUUCAUCCUCUUCCAUCCAUAAUGGAGACAUGGAGAAGAUCCUGCUGGAUGCACAGCAUGAGUCCAGCCCCAGCAGCUCCUCUUGUAACAGUCCUCCCCGACCCCACAGUCCUGAACAUGAUGAGGGUCUGAUCACAUUUGAUGUGGAGAUGCCCAGUGAGAGAGAUUGUCAGUCAGAGGACGACAGCCUGGAGAAGGACAGAGAGGACGACAUCCUUAUGAAUAAAGGCGAGAGCUGGGUGGCAGACUGGUCCAGUCGACCUGAAAAUAUACCUCCCAAGGAGUUCCAGUUCCGACACCCAAAGCGUUCUGGUUCAGUCUCUCUGAGUAUGAGAAAGACUGGUGCUAUGAAGAAAGGAGGGGUCUUCUCAGCUGAGUUCCUCAAAGUGUUCAUACCCUCUCUGCUGCUCUCUCACAUUCUCGCCCUGGGACUGGGGGUCUACAUUGGGAAAAGGCUGACCACACCUUCCACCAGUUCGUUUUAAGUCCAAACUCAUACCAGUGCCUGGAAAUUCCAUCUGAUGCAGUGGUGGCAAAGUUGUGUCCAAACACCUCUAACUUGUUUUGUUAGAUACUCUCUCUCCUUCUCUGCCUCGUCCACUCCUCCCCAUACACUUUCUCUCUCUAAACUUCCCACUCAUGUUUCUCGUGUUUAUGACCUAUCACCAGAAGAAGGUGGGAGAAGAUCUAUUUGUCAAUCUAGUCUUGUGUUGAUGUUUUACUUUGCAUCUAAUGCUGUGGGUAACUUAGUUGUUUUAGGUGUUUCAUCUUGCUUUCCUGUUUUAACAUGUAAUUAGUACUUAGUAACUGACCUUUCUUCCUUUCUUUUACACUGGUAUGCAAGGCGGACAGAAGUAACACCUGUGGUUCCCAAAACCUACACAGCUACUACUACAACAACCACCAGCACAUUACCUGUCACUUUUUAUCUUCACAGUGUGCUUUGUACCUACGAAACAGAUGUGGUAGUGUUGUUAGGUUUAGUAGUGCAUAAGAUUGUGAAUGGCUGAUCUUGCAGUUGCAUUUGGAACCUGCCUAGAAUAUUCAAUAUUCAGCUCCCCUUUAUUUUCCUUUUAAGCGCCUUUAGACAAAGAGAUUGUGUUCUGUAAAGCCAACCAAUUAAGAUAGCUGUGCCAUCUUUGGAGCAAAUCCACUCUCAGCAUGUAGUUUAAUUCUGGUCUUAAAACUGUGGUCUCAAGCCAUUUUUAAUUUAAUCACUCCCAACACAAGUGUGUCCUCCAGGAAAGACAAAAAGGCACGCAAAGAUUUUUUAAAAUUAUUACUUUGGUACACUUUAUUAAAAGUAAGCGUACCUUAAAACUGAGAGCUUUAUGUAGACUGUUAAAAGCACCCUUACCUGAACAUCAUGAUUCACCAGAAUCAAAUGCUCUCUACUUUACAUAGCAUGUUAACUUAUAUUAGAUAUGUUCAGAGACAACUUCUUGACCACUCCUUGACUCUGGAGUACAGAGCAGUUUUCUCUGCAUUUACUCACACCAGCAGGAAGAAGCUUACAAUCCGGAAGUGAGCCUCACUUGGUAGGGAACUGGAGCUCCACUCUCUGAUUUUCUUAAAUGGAACAACGUUUUGUAUUUUUUGGGAAAUAUGCUUUAGGUAUAGAUAAGGAAAGGUCGUUUUGUAAUAGAGAUAAAUGAGGAGAGAAACUGAAGACAUAGGAGUUAUUGGGGAAAAUUUUGACAUGCAUUUCUUCCCCUUGGAUACAACCUUGGAUAAGUGAUAUUAAUGAAGUUCUACUUCUGGUCAUCGCAAAAAUAGGCAGCAAAUUUGAUGAGCCUUAUGUUCCACAUGCAAAUAGAGGACUCGUAACGUUUGAUAGGGUAAUCAUGGUACCACUCAAUGGAAUGUGUGCACACUUCCUAAUUUUAAGAUACCUGACUGGUUAAACAGUACUGCAGAUGCAACAUGCAUACUUGCCUUGGAUGCAUAUCAUGCUGUCCUGGACCAAUCUCACAGAAACAACAUACUAUGCUUCUUAGUGCCAAAGGGUCUCCACUGUGACGCUUAUAUCUGUAAGGCCUGACGUCAACACACAUUCACAUUACAUCUUACAUACAAGGACCCUUCAGUCUCUCAUCAAUACUUCUGUUGCUUGCUCCAUUUUGACAUUAUCAAACACCACGUAAGGCUUUUUGGUUUUGUUGUGAAGGCCCAUUCAGUCACUUCAUUUUGUGUGAAAUGUGAAGCACUUCUGUAAUCAUUUGUCGUAUAGCAAUGUAUGUGAAGUGUGGAUACAUGUUUUUUUCCUUCCCUUAGAAUUCUAAUUUUUCGGUCUUCGAAGGUACAGUCAGUGUUUCCUGCUUUUUGUGACUUCAUUUAAAUACCAUGGUUGUCAGGACAAAGUGAUCUUUUUAUGGUUCCUAGCCAAGGUGUAUUGCUAAGAUCCUUAAGAUCUUAUUGACGCUUACAUUGAUAUGUCAUUGAAUAUCAUAUAUUACAGAUGACAAUAUGUAGUUUUUUUAUAUAUUUAAAAAAUCACUGAUUUGACCCUCUGAGGAUUUGGAAGGAGACUGUUCAAAAGAUUAAGGCACCUUGACAUCACAUUGUACCCUCUAAUGUAUGUGCUGGAUCGAUCUUGUCAGUUCAAAGCUUUUACCUCAGUCAUUUGCCCCCCUCAGCAUCAGCCACAACAAAUACAACUGUGACAACAACAUGGCCCAUCAUUACUCUGCACUGCCAUGAUUCCUCGUACAUGUUUGUUCUGGUCCUGAGGGGGUGCGGGUGACAAGAGAGGUAGUCGUUACUGAUAUUUUCAUAACGCCUCAAGCUUUUGCACCUAUUUUGUCUCCCAUUGCAUGAAUACAAUGUCUCAAGCUCUGGAUCUGCUUUGGACGAUGGAACUGUUCCUUGAAGUGGGACAAAGAACUGUGAAUGAAAAAAAGUUGUAGCUUAUUACAGUGAGAUAAACUAGGACUGCCCUGCCUCAAAAGGGUGGAAUUACUAUAUUGUACAAUUUACGCACAUUAUGUUUUUUUUUUCUUUUUUGUUUUUGCUUUGAUCAUCAGUAGAGCGACUGAAAUAUGUUCAGAUUGGAGGGCGGGGCCCUCAUGGUUGGCAUUCCCUGGCUGUGUUUCAUUUGAAUUUAUGGUAGCUAUGGAAGUGAUGAAGAAAAACUUUUAGUUUCUUUUAUUUUUCACAUAUUGGAGAAAAAAAGACAUUAAAAUUCCAAAUACAACCCAACAUUCUCAAGAAUACAUGUUUUUAUUUAUUAUCAUUCCAUUCAUAUGUACUUUGUGUUUCUGUUUGUGGGGUGAAUAUAUAGAUUAUAACUAAUGUUCAGAUUGACCAAUGAAAGAUCAGUGAAACAAUUCUACUAAAGCAAGACAAGCAGUUUAUAGACUGUAUGGCAUACACACAAAACCAAACCAGUGAUUAGAAAGCAAAGACUGGUAAAUUUGGGUUCGACUUUUAUUUUCAGCAUGUACAACACAAGUGAUAAACAUGGUUCAAAUCUAAUUUCAGGACCAGAGUUUAGUUAAUCUAAUUUGUAAUCCCAGAAUGCCAAUAGCCAAAAUUCCAUCCCACAGGUAGUAUGUUCUUUUAUCCUUUGUCACAUCUUUCACCCACAUUUCAUUACAUGCUUAAUUAAUGUGAAGUUAAACCCACACAGAUAAGUUUAUUAAACUGAAUAAUGGGAAGCCUGUCUAGUUGGAGUUGGAAAUAGGGUCUUAUCUGAUUAAUGCAUGCUGGAUGUGUGUGGUGUGUGGAAUGUGUGAAUACUUUCCCCCUACGAUACGAGUGUCCUCCCUCGAGCGCUGAGUGUGAAUGCAUGGCUUUGUUGGUGCACUGUGACAUUGAGGUUGUGUUAUUUGGUACUCUGUCCCAGCAGACAGGCAAGCAUGUGUCCUGAAGUCUGGUGGUGGUCUCUCCUGUCCUGAUGCAUGGAAAAGGUACGGAGAACACACGGUAUGCAUGGCACAGGAGGAGCAUUCUUUUAUGUACAAACUUUCAAACUGAAACUUACCAGUUAUCCAGUAGUAAUAAAACAAACACUUUUGUAAAAUUGGAGGUAAAGUUGACAUUACUGUGCUUCAGUGAAAUUCUCAGAGUUCAAACAUGAUCAGUGUUUAAAAAGAAUUUAUGAUGUUAUGGGCCCUUUCACAUCAUUGCAAAAUAGACAAGGGCACAAACUGUGACUGGAACUGAGACUUCAUCUCUUGUAUGGGCUGUAUUUCUGUUUCUUUUUGGUCUUCUACCAAGUUCCAGAGGAACUCUGUCUAAGUCCAUGGGUUGAGUAAUAUUUACUCUUUUCAAGUCUAGUUUUCUUUACUGCCAGCACCUCUGCCCCACUUUCCUCAGCUUGCCUUAAUUACUACACAGUGCUCCUGUGAUUAAAAGACAUUUGCACGUGCGGCUGACCGUCACAAACAAAUAACCCCAGAAAGAUACACUAUAUGUCCAAACGUUCGGAGGCACCUGCUUAUCCGGCGUUUCUUCUGAAUUGGCAAGUUAGCUUUGCUGUAACACUCCCUACUUUUCUGGGAAGGCUUACCACUAGAUGUUGGAACAUUGCUGUGAGAAUGUGAUUGCAUUCAACCACAAGAUAAUUAGUGAGAUCAGGUACUGAAGUUUGAUCUUUUAGCUCUUAUCACAAACACCACUAACUCAUUCCAAAGAUAUUGGAUGGAGCUCCAAACACUCCAGAGAACACAGCUCCACUCCUCCACAGUUCAUUGCUGAGGGGCUUUAUACCCCUGUAGCCGAUGCUUGGCACUGGGUGACCGAUUCUAUUGCCAAUGGUUUUUAAGGAAGCUGUGUGUGCACAAUUGAAUGUCUUUGUGAGCAACUGGUGCAUCUCAAAAUAGCUGGACUCACCAGUUAGGAGUGUCUGGAUACUUUUGGGCAUAAAGUGUAUUUGGCAGCAUGUAGGAAUUGUGAUUGUUCAGUUUAUCUAUGUCUUGAAAUCCUGAUUAAACAUGGACAAAGGCUUCUGAACUUUCUUUAGCCAAAGCAUUUUUAAGGCCGUCAUUUGUAAGAUAUGUAACGAAUGAUUCACUACACUUGUAUAAAAACUGUAUUUCUUGUUUUGAUUGCAUUAAAGGUAGUCAAUAUGGUGAUUUUC